AUGGGCAAGCAGCAGCCGAAGAGGAACAGCGACACUGAGUCGAGCGUCUCCACCUCCGCGGAGAGCAACAAGGUCAACGAGGGACUGGCGAAUCGCUUCGUGGCCACGCUGCUCGUCUUGGUGUCGGCGGGGCUUUGCUGUAUCAUCUCCCAUCGGCCCCUGACCUCCUCGAGCACCACCGUCGUCUACAUGGGCGGUCUCAUCAAUUUUGGAUUACUGUUAACAUUCGCCCGGUGGACGCAGUUGCACUCGCAGAAGCUGACCCGCCACGUCCGGCCGAUGCUCGACAUUGCGCAGAUUUUGCGCACCAAUGCUGUGUUCCGCCCGGACGGCUCGGCGUGGCUGAUGCCGGAGAAGUACGUGGCGUACAACCUGUGCUGCGCCGACCCGUGCAUCGACGAGGAGGCCCCACGAACAGAGGAGCGCGACGAGAGUCCACCCGCAUCACCGACAACAACACAACGAGACCCGAUCACGAGAAAA